AGGAUUUAGUGGUCGCGUGUUCAACGUGUCUAUGCCGCUUUUUAAUUGGCCUCGUAGGACCAAUGCUAGACAGCUAGCAUAAGUUGGCUAACAGCAGUAGCAGCAGGACUCUUAGCCAAAGACCUCAGAAAGUGUGGAUACAAAGUUGUUGUGUGCAUUUUUGUUUGUGAGCGACGGAGGGAGGAAGAGAAACUGAUCAUUUAUUAAUAAACCAGGGCAGAGUCAUGGUGGUGAAGAAGAAGACGGCUAAAGUGGAGGCUGUGGCGUUGGACGCGGAGAACCUGCACAAGCUCCUAGCUUCCCUCUCUGUGGAUGGGGGAGGCGAUGUCGUCGGACAGGUUGCCCAGACCCUGCACUCCUGUCUGGAGCUGUCGGACCCAGUGCAGCAGAUCCAGCUGGUCAAAAAGGCAGGGUCCCAGCUGGAGGCACUGAGUGAGGAGCAGCCAGACGGCGCUCUUCUGGAGGCCUGUCUUCACACCCUGGCCCUGGUCUACACCUCCCUGCAGCCCAAGAAUCCCCUACGGCGAGCCAUCGCCAGUGCUUUGGGUUCAGUGCCGGCCUGGUUACGGGAGCGGACUGUAGACUGUUUGUGUGCCUGCUUGUCAGACUCUCUGUCCAACUCGGGUUCCGACAAACAUCCACACAUUGUCGACACCAUCACCGCCUGUUUGGACGGCUUCCCUCUUGGUGAGAGAUGCAUUAACAAACUGCUGCCUGAAGUACUGCAGUUCCUGCACAGGCGACUGGGUGAAUACCUUCAUCAGAACAGUGGUCUGGCAGGCCGUCACAUUGCCCAGGCCCAGUUGAUGCACUCCUGCCUGGCUGCAGUGAAGACCUCCAUGCUGGUAGUCCAGAGAUCACAAGAGGCCAUCAGUGCUGCGCUGCAGGCGGAACAGCGUCACCGCGAGGUGGAGGACACACUGAGCAGCCUCCUCAGCUGUUAUGUACACAUCCUUGCUGAUGAGGAGUUCAUCCAGUCAGUCCAGAGCACAGCAGGCAUGGCUGUUGUGUUAUUGAUCCGGUCUGCCAUGGGCUCUUCAGACGAAGUUGCUGCUGUGGUUUGCAGUUUGCUGCAGGGUUCAGUCCAGGGCUUGGACCUGGCGCCGCAGUGGCUGGCGGAGAGGUGUGUCGGUCUGUGUACCAGUGGUCGCCCGCCAGGUGUCUCUCUGUAUCUGUGUCAUGGUGUUCUGGCCAUGUUGAGCUGGAAAGCUGCUCUCCCAGGGCCACAGUGGGAGCAGCUGCUGCUGCUGGUCCCAAACACGCUGCUGGAUCUGGACGUCAGUGUGAAGGAGUCCAGUACAGCCUUGGUGGUGGCUCGGGUGCUGACCCUGUGGAGUGGUGCCGCUCUGGAUUGCCUGCAGGGAGCGUCGCAGCCCUGCUCUCCCCGCCUCCUGCAGUCCCUCGGAGGAGGGUCUGAGAUGCACCGACACCUCCUGGAGCACAUCUACUCCCACUGGGAGCACCCACUCGACGGCGUGCGCCACCAAACCCGCUCACUGUUCCACAACCUCCUCCUCCUCCAUCAGCACACCAACCCCUCCACUUCUGACCCCACCGAGGAUUCUUACAUCACAGAGCUCACCCAAAGCCUGCUGGGACUAGAGUGGCACAUGAGGGGGAAGUACGGCUCUUUGGGCUGCCUGGUCGAGCUCUACGGAGCAGGGUACUUGCUCAGCAUCCAGCCCCAUCUACCGUCAUUUCUCCUGGGUUUGAUGGAUGAUCAGAACCUGGCUCCUUACGCCAGUGACCUGCUGGAGAGGCUGUUUGUUAGUCACAAAGCACAGCUGGCGACUGACACUGCUGCUGCUACAGAAACAACAGAGGACUGGAUGGAGCUUUGGCACGGGACAUGGGUAACCCCGCUGCUUCAGGUGCUGUGUCGCGCCAGACUGGACCAAACCACGUACAUCCUGGACUACUUCCUGCCCAAGCUGCUUCGCUGCAGCCCCUCCAGCCUGGCUCACAUGGUGCACGCCUUGCAGGACACAUCACCCUGCAGCACAGGUGCCUCGGGAAGCAGAGGCCCACUGGGAGCUCUGAUGACGUGCCUGCGGGCCGCCAGGGCCCAGGGUGUUGUUCCAUCCUCAGAAGAUGGUCUGUGGGGAGGACUGGUGCCCCUCUCCCUUCUCCAGCAAGCACUCAUACACAAACAUGAUCAAGUGAGGAUGGACGCUUUGGGCUUGGUGUGCGAGAGCCACCGCAGCACAGAGGCUCUGACACCACGGGAAACGGACCUGAUCCGCCACUUCCUGCUGCCCAAUCUCAACAGUCAGUCCCCGGGCGUCAGGCAGCAGACAGUCAGCCUGCUGAAGAAGUUACUCGGUAGAGUGAAGGACAGCGCACAGCUGCUGCAGAAGAGACUGAGUCAGGAGAGAGACCAGGAGCAGAGAGACAGAGACCAGGACACACUACAUCUGUAUAAGGAGUUCCUGCGCUGGCUGUGUGUGAGGCUGCUGGAGGUUUUGCUUCCUGGAGCUUCCUUCUCUAAAUGCCUGAUGUCCCUCCACCUCCUGUGUGUCCUGGGCCAGCUCUUCACCUUCAGCACUGGGCCUGAUGCGUUUGCCCUCAGUGAGGUUGUGACCUCUGCACAUGCUCAGAAUGUCCUCUACAGUGUUGCCAGCAACUUCCUGGAAGUCAAACAGCUGGCCUCCACGCUACUACGGCAACUGCCUCCAUCAGCUGUAGGACUACAGGUGCCGGAGAGGAUGCAUUGCGUCCUUCAGGCUGCUCUGGAGCUCAGUACCAGCACCAAGCCCUUUGAUAGCGUUACAGCAGCCAACCUCCUCAACCUGCUGCUGCACCAGCCUCACCUGAGCCAGGCUCUGCUGCGCUGUGCCAAGCAGCGCGGCCUCGAUUUCCAGCCGCCCUCCCUCCCGCCCAAUGCUUCUGAGGAGUUCAUCUUGGAGCUCAACACUCUGGCUGUGGUUCGGUUCUUGUUGUGUUGUCUGCAGUCAGAGGUGUCAAGGGCCGAGUCCUCCCUCCUACAGGCUGCUGCCUCCUAUCCUCUGUAUGGCAGAGCUCACUGCAUCACAGCCGUACUACAGAAUCUAAACACAGAGAGUUUGAGACAGACUGAGCAGUGGAGAUGUCUGGUGUCAGAGCUGAUUGCCGUGUGCUACAGGAUGUCGGAUGUGGUUUCCCCCGUAGUACAGAGCUCCUCCCCAGAAGGACUCAUCCCCAUGGAUACUGACUCAGGGACGUCAGCAGGUCUGCAGAGGAUCCUGCAGGAGAUCCAGCCCCGGGACACCAAUGACUUCUUCACCAGUGCCAGAGAGCUGGACACUCACCAUGGAGACGAUCACACACACAGUCAGACCUCACACACACCAUCACUGGACACCGGGGGUGAGGGCUACAGGGUGACCGCCCAGAUGGUGCUGGUGUGUUGCUGGCGGAGCAUGAAGGAAGUGGCCAUGCUGCUCGGCCAGUUGUGUCAGAGUCUGCCUCUGCACUGCACCGGUGACGAGUCGCACACACACCCAGGGCUCAUCACAGAGGAACAGGUGGAGGGGGUGGGCCUGUACUUCCGACAGCAGCUCCUGCAGUCCCGUCACCGUGGCGCCUUUGAACUGGCCUAUGUGGGCUUUGUACGCCUCACCGACAUGCUGUGCAGGAGUGGAAGUCAGGCCCUGCAGCAGCUUCCGACUCACUGGCUCUCUGAGGUUCUGGAGGAGGUCAAGUCCAGCGAUCCUUCGUCCAAGCUUUGUGCCACACGACGCAGCGCUGGAAUACCCUUCUACAUCCAGGCUCUGCUCUCCUCCGAGCCCAAGUCGUCCAGUUGCAGUCUGCUAAAGAUGACCAUGAGAGAACUGAUCUCGCUGGCCAUGCCAUCUGCUGACAGGAACACCGACAGCUCCACUGUCCCUCAGGUCCACGCUCUGAACAUCCUCCGGGCUCUGUACAGGGACACUCGUCUGGGGGAAAACAUCAUCCCCUUUGUCUCCGAUGGGAUGCAGGCCGCCGUGCUGGGAUUCACCUCUCCUGUCUGGGCUGUGAGGAACUCCUCCACUCUUCUCUUCAGCACUCUGAUCACAAGGAUCUUUGGAGUGAAGAAAGGGAAGGACGAGCACUCAAAAAAGAACAGGAUGACGGGCCGGGAGUUUUUCACUCGUUUUCCUGCUCUCUAUCCGUUCCUCCUGAACCAGCUGGAGGAGGCUGCAGCCACAGUGGAAAGUGACAGUGGUCAGGUGAAGCUACACCCCAGUCUGUUCUUGCUGCUGCUGGUGCUCAGUCGACUCUACCCGUCUCCAAUGGAUGGAUCUUCUUCACCUCUGGGACUCGCCCCUUUCAUGCCCUUCAUCAUUAGACAGAACAUUUUGGAUAGCAGAUGCGGGCGUUCUGCAGUGUAUCGGACCAGAGAAAUGGCAGCUCGGGCCCUCGUCCCCUUCGUGCUGGUCACCCAGGUCCCGUCCAUAGUUGUCACUCUACUGCAGGAGCUUCCUCCAGAGCCAGGACCCAGAUUCCAACAUAACCACAUCCACGGGACUCUGCUGCAGGUGCUGUUCCUCCUGCGCUCCUUCCAGACUGACUCACACAGACCCCUGCCAGCAGGAAAUGGCAUCGGUGAAGCCCUCAGUCAGCGCAUGUGGCUCUCCUCUCGACAGAAUGGCUGUGUGGUGACGAGAGGAGCCUUUCUGGACGUGUUGGUUUGCCUGUGUGAGCCGAAGAUCAGUCUUUUGAAGGGCCAUGAUGAAGAGCAAUCAGAGGUCAGUGAGCUCCGUCAGAAGGCUCUGUCCGUCCUGAUGGCUUCAGACCUGGUCAUCUCUGACGCUUCCUCUACCGCUCUGGGGCCUGGCAGCACCCAGUACCUGCUCAGCUUGGCGCGGGUGGCCCUCAGCGCCAGCGUGGAGAUCCCUGAGCUGUGGAGGGCCCCUCACUUGACGACGCAGCUCCUGAGCUGCCUGCUGCAGUUCUCGCAGUACGAGGUGAGGGAGCUGGCGCUGCAGGGGCUCCUGAGGAGUCUGCAGGAGGAGGAGGAGGAGGAGGAGAAGAACAGGAGACAUCAGUGGCUGGACGAGACCACCCUGUCUAACCUGACCAGCCUGGCUCUUCACGAGCCACACCCCCAGUGUCUGGCCAAGGUCCUUCAGGUGCUGUGUGUGUUGAGCUCCAGUGGUGAACUCCUGUGGCGGGAUGGUCCAAAGAUUUUGUCCCAGGAGCAGGUCCUGCUGCACCUCCUCUCUCUGGCUCAAACCUCCGUUCACAGCGUGGAGCUCCACUGCGCCGCCCUGACCCUGGUGUCUCAGCUGGUGGUUCAGCUGGUGAACUCUGACCCAAAGGGUGCUAGUGCGAUGUCUUGCUUGGCUCAGUGGGGGGCGCUGGUGUGCUCAUGCUGCAGCGAGGAGCAGCCGGUGGAGGUGAAGCUGAUGGCCGCCAAUGUGCUGGUCAACUGCACGGACGCUCUGCUGACCAGCCCUCAUCUGCCGCUGGGGCUGUCCACUACAGUUUCUCUAUGGGGGAGUCUGUUCACGUUGCUGCAGGAUGAAGACCCAGACGUCCGAGAUUCAGCCUCUGAUUUCAUCGCUAAUGUACCGUCACCUCUGCUGAGUCAGGAUAUGGCCGGUGUCUCCGUGUGUCCUCCGGUAGCCGUGGACUCGGGCGUGGGGCUCCUGUGUCGGCUGUUCGAGCUGUGGGGGCAGGCUCCUGCAGGGGUCCUGGCUCUGGCAGAGUGGCUGCUGGGAGAAGAAGACGGCAAUGUUGAUGAGGCGGCUGCAGACGAAGCUCCCACUCUGGUGGAUGAGGACGAGUUCCUGUUUGAGAAGGGGGAUCUGAACCUGUGGGCCGAGCCCGUCCAGUGGGUGAAGCUGCUUCAUAAUAACCUCAGCAGCCUCAUCCUGACCUUCAAGCCGACCCAGCGCCCAGGAGCGACUGGCCUGGAUCAAACCCAGCUCCACUCGCUGUUAACCCAGGCCCAAGCCAAGGCCCUCAGCUCCCAGCAGGCCCUGGACUCCCUCCCUCCCCUGCCCCAGUUCUCCUGCAGCGUGGAGCACACCCGGCUGACCCUGCGGCACCUGAGGGCCACACUGACUCUGGGUGUGCUGGAGAGGCUGAGGUAGAGGUAUUAGCAUGGUGCAUCUCUAAUACAACCAGGUUUUUUUUUUAAAGAAAAUUCCUUUAAGCCAGAAUUCCACAUAUUUUACAGAAAGGAAAGUUUCCAGAUAAAUGAACAGCUUCAGUGAACCACCACACAAGACCACAGACUGGCUUUGUGGUCCUGUGAAUUUUUUUAAAACUCUACUUGUCUCUUACUUUGUCUUAAAAAUGUUUCCCUCGCAGAUUUCAUUUUUGUGAUUAUUGUUCCUUGAUGCCUUUUAAAUAAACAUUCUGUCUCAAAUCA